AUGAUGUUUAAUGAAAUCGGAUGCAUCGCGCAUCCCUCAGGGAUUGAUCAUCGCCAAGAAUUUUAUCUUUUAUCCCUUUCCCGGGUUUUAUUUUUCUUUUUUUUUUGUUCUCUUGUUAUAAAUUCCUCUGAGCGCCUAGUUUCUUCUUCUGUUCAGGGAAAUUCUGGAGUGCGGUCCAUCUGCAUGCUUAGUGGAGGUACAAUGGUCGCCACAGGUCAUUCACUCGGUCAAGUUCUCAUAUGGGAUUGUCGUGAAGGCUCGUUUCUACCAUCGGUGGUUUGUAUUCCAUCAAAACGUCGACUCGAUGCAGUCACGGCUAUAACGAACCAUUUUGCUCAAGCGAACUUGUUGUCGUUCGGAACGGAUCAUGGUGUUGUUGGUUUUUGUGAUGUGAGAGGUGUUUCACAUGACUUAAUAACAAACUCUUUUGAUGCGGCUACUUCAACAGUUGGAUUCCAUCCUGAAUGUGGUAAUCAUCUUGUUUGUGCUUCAGCAGAUGGAAGUCUAGUACACUGGGAUGUGUCAGCCGUCAACACGAUGGGCCAUCCAGCUAUCCAAACAAAAAUAAAGGAUAAAGCUCUCGGCGUUAAUCAAUCCCUGAGGGAUGCGGCAUGCAUUGGACUUCAUUGA